AUGGCUCCGAUCCAUCCCGGCGAAAUACUGAAAGAGGAAUUACUAAUCCCUCGCGGUAUUAGCCAGAGCCAAUUAUCCCAAAACUUAAAAAUUUCUUUUCGAAGGAUCAAUGAAAUCUGCCAAGAUUUACAACGUGAUUACGAAUUAGAGUGCUUAGCAGAUCAAGCCGAAAUUGCCAAAAUUAAAAAAGAAAUCCGUCCCUAUACUAGGGAGCGAUUUGCUAAAGUAGUUUUAAAUCCCAAAAGUAAAUUGGUAAGAUAUAUUUGCUUAAAUACUACUGCUAAUCCUAGUGAAUGUUAUUCAAUUUUGAGAUCACUGGCUACCUGA